AUGUCGGUCGUCGACGACUACCUAGAUAGUCCUAUGGACGGAGACGAUGUCUUCCCGUGCAAAGGCUGUGGAGAGAUCCUGGAGGAGGGGAAAGCCUUUGAGCUCGCUGGUAACCGAUGGCAUUUGAACUGCUUCAGGUGCAACACCUGCGGCACCCUGCUCGACUCGGACGCAAACCUCCUCUUGCUCGGUGACGGAUCUCUGAUCUGCAACAACUGCACAUAUAGCUGCAGCGCGUGCAACAACAAGAUCGAGGAUCUGGCGAUUCUCACUGGCGACCAAGCCUUCUGCGCAACGUGUUUCCGCUGCCGCAAUUGCAAGCGCAAGAUUGAGAACCUUCGAUAUGCACGCACCUCCCAGGGCAUCUUCUGUAUGAGCUGCCACGAGUCGUUGAUGGCAAGACGAAGGAAAAAAUCCAAAGCCGCCGCGCAAGCAAAGGCGCGAGAAAAAGACGCCUCGCCAAUGCUGGUCGACAAAUCUCUUCCUGCCCUUCCUCCGAAUGCCAUACCGCCCGGUGCUUUUGCGAGUCCGAACGACAACCCCUCGUCCGAAAACGAAGCUCCCACCGAGCUAUCACCCCGUCCCCGGCCGACGUACCCUAGAAACGAUUCAUCAUCAAGAGACAGCCCGAGAACAGACCGUUCACCCGAACGCCAGUCUGAGUCUGCCAGGGAUACAAGUCUCAGCCUGCCCGCUACGAGCUAUAGAAACAACAGGAACUCUACCAUCCUCGCGCCGCCGGCGGAAAUCUCGGGCGGGGAUGGCGACAGCUUCUUUAUACCUGUUGCCCUCGAUCCAAGCCCGGCUCCUUCUACCACACCUCGGUCAACAGCCGAAAACCUGUCCGAGGCGAACAGGCGAAACAAGGACAAGGACUACUUCACGGCCAAGUCGAACGAGAGGAAACCUGAAUCACAGGCGUCUACGCCUCAUAUAGCUUUUCAAGACAAGGGUCAGAAAGGGUCGUCGGAGUACGAGGACAAUGCACGUCCUCCGCGAGAGCCCAGCCGUAAGCUUUCCAAGUCCUCGAGGAACGACGCAAGGAGCGAUAAGGGCGCCUCAGCAAAGGCGUCUCCAGCUGUGAGCGAUGAGAACAGGAAACCGGCCAGUGUCAAGACAGAAGAGUUCAAGCUGCAGGACGCACCAAAGAGCAAGAAGUCUGGAGCGGGCCGAACCAACUCUCAGUCGGCAGUAUCCCUCGACAGCGGCAGGAAUAGGGGCAACAGCGGUGCGCGUAAGGACCAGUCCGGCUCACCACCCUCGCUUGCUGCAGCGGACAAGGCCGGGACCCCGCGAUCGUCGCAGGACUCCCGCUUCAAGGAUGACGACGAAGAGAGGCCGUCACAAGACACAGCUUCGUCGCAGCCGAGGCCGAUCGCGCGCAAGGAGCUUCCUUCAUCUGCUGCCCGCAAUGUCAAUGGCAAGUCGGUCCCUCCAUCGGUGAAGAGCCACAAUUCGGAGGAGCUCGUCGUACCACCCAGGCCAGGCAUGCCCGAACAAAAGUUGAGUGACACGUACAUGCAGCCUCGGGCACCUCCGCAGCCGCCUCCGCGUCCUGCGCAUACCCCAGGCUCUGCUUCCGUCAGCAGCUUCAACGAACCCCCGUCUCCUCCUACUGGUCCUUCACCAAGUCUGCCACGAUGGAGUGCCGGCGGAGACUUCAGCAUGGAGGAGGACAUGGCCCGUAUCUUGGGCACCGACGAGGGCUCCUCAUCUAUACUACGCCGGGUGUCUAAUGCCGUAAGGCACGGCCGCACCAACAGUACCGAGUCAAGCCAGACUGCAGGGAGGAUGAUGGGCCACCACCGAAGUGUGAGCGAGACUACCAGGGCAACUGCAUCUCCACGGUGGCCGAAGACCCCUAUCGCAGAGCAUGACGCAAGUCAUAGCAUCAGCAGUCCUAUAUCAGUGACUGGCGGAGCCAAGGACGACCCGGCGUUUUUGAAGCGCCAACUGCGAGACUCUGAGCAACGAGUGGCCGAGCUCGAGCGCCAAUUUAAUACUGAGAAAGACCUGAAGAAUCUGAACAAGAAACUGAUUGAAAAGCGAAAGACAGUUUCUAUUCUUGACACUCAGACCGAGAUCAUGAUCCGCCAACUCGAAGUUCUUGCUGGCUACGUCGAGAGAGCCAAAGAGUCCAAGAAACCUGUUGACCCCAGAGACUUGGAAGAUUCAGCAAUUAAAGAGUUUGUGCAGAAGCUGGACAAAGUCAAGUAUUCCAUGUCGGCUGCUAUUGAGCAGCUUCACGCCGAACGAGACGAGCUCAUUGAGGAGAAGAACCAAGCCAUGGCAGACCGCGACCGCGCCCUUAUGGAGUUUGAGCAGUUAUCAUCCAAGAACGCCCAGCUGGCCGAUAUGAACAACGACCUCACGCACCAGAUCCAAGAGCGCUUCAAGUCUCAGAUCAACACUGACAUCAAAUCACCUGGCGCUGGCCUGGGCAUCUAUCACACUCACAAGGGCCCCUCGAACUCAUCUACCAACUUGGAUACGUCCAGCAUUCAGACAGGCCAGGCGACAUUGGUCAGCACUGAUGGUGAUGAGCCCAUUGUUGAAUCUGGACCGACAGUAGUGAACAUCCGGAAGGGACAGGUCAGAAAGUUCAACUGGAAGAAGGGGUCCAAGACGGUCGCGCAUGGUCUAUCCAAGGGAAUGAACCGCGCCGUGGGGGCUUUCCAGCAGCAGCCUGAAAGGGGCCAGUAUGGUGCUCUGACUGGAGACAGCAUCGGCCUGCCUUACAACAUGACUGUCGCCCAGGUCGAGUCCCCCGUUCAGGUCGGGCCCAACGGCCAGACUCGCAUCCCCAGCGAGGCCAGUCGGCAGGGUUUUGGCUUCUUCAGCAAGAAGAACGCCCCUGUUCCCAAAUCGAACUCAUCAGCCAAUGUGUCGAUGGCCACAGUGCCCGAGGCGCCGACUACACUCUUUGGGUCAGAUCUCGUUGAGCGUGCUGAUUAUGAGCGACGCCAAAUCCCCAGCGUCGUCACACGCUGCAUAGAGGAGGUGGAGCUUCGGGGCAUGGAUAUCGAAGGCAUCUACAGAAAGACGGGAGGCAACUCGCAAGUCAAGAUGAUCCAGGAAGGGUUUGACAAGAACGAGGACUUUGACAUCUCGGACCCCGGCCUGGAUAUUACAGCUGUCACCAGUGUUCUCAAGCAGUACUUCCGCAAGCUGCCGAAUCCACUCCUCACUUUCGAGGUCUAUGAGAGAAUCCUUGAGUCAAACUCCAUCACUGGUGAUGAAGAUCGCUGCGCACAUCUCAGGAAGACUGUCAACAUGCUUCCGGCUAAGCACCGUGACUGCUUGGAGUUCCUCAUGUUCCACUUGGCACGUGUUGCCAGUCGUGAGCGAGAGAACCUGAUGUCUCCCAAGAACCUUGCGGUGGUGUUUGCACCCACCAUCAUGCGAGACCACAGCCUCGAGAAGGAAAUGACAGACAUGCACGCCAAGAACCUGGCUGUGCAAUAUGUCAUUGAGCACAGUGACGAGAUCUUUGGCGAAGAGUAA